GUAAAACACCAGCGCAUCUGACACUGACCGACUUUUGGAAGCCGUGAUUUUGUUCGUAAUUCACGAUUUAUUAAUUCAUUGUUAUUAUAAUUACAUUAGUUACAUAAUAGGUCAUUGCAACUUUUUGCUCUGAAUGAGUCGCGUAGGCUCUUCGAUUAUGAAAAAGCAUUUCACGCCUGUUUGCGGUGCGGUCAGUUUGCCCGCAAAUUGCACAAUAGCCAAUUUUUUUCAUUAACAGCGUCUUUGUCACCUAUAACCUCGUCUAAUAAAUAAUUUGUUACACGGCUACAAGAAAGGUGGCGAACACACUCACGGACCUUUGUCUCUAGGCUAGAUAUAAAUAUUGGGUAACGGGCUGAUGAAAUUAUUACAGCACGAGUUGCAGUACGAUACACAUCUCAACAUGGCCACCACAGCCUUAUACGUUCUGCUGGCUGCGACCGUAGCGUCGGCCGUGCAGGUGUUUGCGCCCCCCGCCGCCACCAGCUACAUUUACAGGAGCGACAACAACGGCCCCGCGAACUUCAUUAAUCUGGGAGCGCCCGCACCCUACCAUGCGCAGCACAACGCCUUCGCCGCACCACUUCCUCUCCUGCAGCCGAAACUUGGAGCUCUGGAGGCGUACGAACUAGCAGCACCCGUGCCUCUGCCAUAUAUCGCAGCCAAACCCAUCGCUGUUGAGGACGCUGAGGACGACGAUGACGACGAUGACGACGACAGUGACGAAUCCGAUGAAUACAUUGAAGGCGGAGAGCUCGUGGGACACGGACAUGGACACGAGUUCGCCAAGGGCGGCGGCAGCGACUACGACGAGAAACAUCACAAAGCUCACGGCGAAAAGGGCAGCAAGGGCUACGUGUCAAAGGGCCAUCACGCUAAGGGAGAAUCUGGACAUUACGGCAAGGAGCACAAGGAGGGAUACUCCAGCGAGGCCGAAGGAGGAAAGAAGGGACAUCACGACGAAGCCUCGGCUCACGGCAAGCACUACGAGUCUGGUGAAGGCUACAAGGGUGGAGACCACGGACACAAGAAGCACUUCAGCAAGGGUGAGGAGGUCACCGGUUACCACAAGGUCUUCAACAAGGAUGAGUUUAAGAAGGACCACGACUUCUACGACGUAGCUGAUGACAGCGGCAGCUUCAAGAAGCACGGCUACGAGAAGGGCCAUCACAGUGAGGAGGAGGGCGCGCACAAGGAAGGCGGACACCACGACUCUGCUUACGACAAGGGUGACUCCAGCAAGGCCGGGUUCCACGCUGAGGGGCACAACGAAGACAGUGACGCUGGCCAUUCCGCGGAGGAGGGUUCAGAGAGCCACCAUCACGGAGAAUCAGGGUAUGGAAAGAAGGGAGGCAGUGCUCACGGGAAGGAAUAUGGCUUCGUGGACAAAGACGAUGACGAAUAUGACGACGAGGAAUAAGGUGCUACGUCAACCGUGCCUAUUGUAAAUACCUGUUAACUAUUUAAUUCUCUCGAUAAUUUUGUUAUGUUUGAUAUUCUCGACGAUGCUGUAAAUAUUUUUGUAUUGCAAACGAAUAAAUGACUUUAAAAUAAUCUUUAUUAUUACUUUUACAAAAAACAAGCCUAUAUUAGUUA